CGUCUCCGCGAAAUCACUGAUCCCACUUCAUCCCCAUCCGCCACAAAAGAAGAGAACCCAUACCACCAUCUCCGCAUCACAGUGACAAGCGGAGGCUGCCACGGCUUCCAGUAUCUCAUGUCCCUGGAAGCGGCCUCGAAGAUCGACGCCGAGGAAGACACAAUCUUCGAAGCGGAAUACACCCCCGAAGAAGGGUCGCCUGAGAGCGCCGGCCAAGCCAAGGUCGUCAUGGACGAGCCUUCCCUGGAGCUUCUUUACGGAAGUACAGUGGACUACACGAUGGAGUUGAUUGGCAGUCAGUUCAAGAUCGUUGACAAUCCCCGUGCGACGAGCAACUGUGGUUGCGGUACUAGCUUUGAUGUAACCGAUUAG